AUGUCAGAAUUAGCUUUUGAUUUGCAUGUGCAUACCCUGUAUCAGACAGUUGUGACUAGAUCAGGUUGUGGGAAAAUAUCUUUCAAGAUUGAGGAUAGAAACAUUGUUCAUGACUUAAUAUGUUUGCUGAUGGUUGGGUUGGAGAUGAUUUUGGGGUUUGACUGGUUGUCAAAGAACCAAGUAUUGUUGGAUUGUUUUGAACGGUCGAUUCACUUUAUUUCAAAAGGAGAAGGAGGAGCAGUAGUAGCUGAGGGUUAUUACCUAAACUCUGUGUUGGUGAGCUGUAGUGGGGAAGAGUGUCAGGGUUAUAUGGUUUUGGCUGCAAAUUCGUUAGGUGAUGAACAGAAGUUAGAUCAAAUUCCAAUAGUUAGGGAGUUUCCUAAAGUAUUUCCUGAAGAUAUUUCAAAAUUUCCACCUCAAAGAAAAAUUGAAUUCGUGAUAGAAUUGGUUCCGGGAACCGGACCAAUGUCAGUUGUGCCGUACAGAAUGGCUCCGAUAGAGCUGGCAGAAAUUAAAACUCAGUUAGAAGAGCUUAUGAACAAGAGGUUUAUUUGA